AUGAGUCCCUUUCGCUCUCUUUUGCUCUUCGCCGCCGUAUUCUUCCUCCUCCGCCCCCUCGCCGCCACCGACGGCGAUGCCGAUCCACUUUACAUAGGAUGUGUGGAGCAGUGUAAGAAAACUGGAUGUGUAGGGGAUAGAUGCUUCCAACACUGUAAAUUCUCAUCUGAUGGAAAACCAAUUGAUGGUCCAUGGUAUAUGCAUGAACCCCUCUACCUGAGGUGGAAACAAUGGGACUGUUGCACUGACUGUAGGUAUUACUGUAUGCUAGCUAGAGAGGAAGAAAGAACAAAACUUGGUGACAAGCCUGUCAAGUAUCAUGGAAAAUGGCCAUUCAGGCGUGUUUAUGGCAUUCAGGAGCCUGUGGCUGUUGCUUUGUCUGCCGUCAAUCUUGCCGUGCAGUUUCAUGGUUGGGUAUCCUUUUUCAUUCUUGUGUACUAUAAGUUGCCUUUGAGGCCAGAUAAGAAGACUUACUAUGAGUACACUGGUUUGUGGCAUAUUUAUGGGAUUCUAUCCAUGAAUUCAUGGUUGUGGAGUGCUGUUUUUCAUAGUAGAGCCGUGGAAUUAACAGAGAAGCUGGAUAUUUCUUCUGCUGUGGCCUUGCUUGGAUUCUCUCUCCUUCUAACAAUAUUGCAAUGUUUUAACGUGAGGGAUGAGGCUACACGAGUCAUGAUUGCUGCUCCUUUGCUUGCUUUUGUGACAACACAUAUCAUGUAUCUGAAUUUCUAUGAACUUGCUUAUGGUUUGAACAGGAUAGUUUGCAUGGGAAUGGUGGUUGUCCAGCUUCUUAUUUGGGCCAUUUGGGCCGGUGCUUCGAACCAUCCAGCACGAUGGAAGUUGUGGACAGUGGUGGUUGGAGGAGGCUUGGCUAUGGUGUUGGAAACAUAUGACUUCCCACCUUACAUGGGUUAUGUGGAUGCUCAUGCACUAUGGCAUGCAACAAGCAUUCCUCUCACGUUUCUUUGGUGGAGUUUUGUAAGGGAUGAUGCUGAGUUUAUAACCUCAGCUAUGCUUAAGAAGGUAAAAUAG